AUGGGUAGGGAAGAAACACCUCUGUGGUCAGUGGCUGAUUUAUAUUUGGGGAUCUGAUAACCCACUGUGUGGGCCUUGUAUGAAGUUUGAGUGAACUGAAAUCAGUAGAUACGGACUACACAGCACUCAAGAGAAUCCCCUUCACCACUCUGCAUUAGCAUCACCAAGAGCUUUUCUGUAGAAGCUUUGAAAGUCAACAUCAAGGGAUAUGCCUAAUACAUUAGAAGAUGGUGCUACAUUCAUUUAUUCCACCAAUAUUUACUGAGCACCUACUGUGUGUUACCUCCUUGAAUAUCUGCUCUACACCCAGGAGUUUUUAUAACUUAGCAUGCUGUUUCUGUCCCUCUGAGUCUGGUGGUGAGGUUGAGUCUGCCAGAGAGCCUGGUGACAAAUUUCACAAGAGCCUAAGGCCCAUGUCUCUAGUUUUCUCAGAUAAAACAGGCACAGCCUUGGGAUUUCUGGGAAAAGUCAGAAGGUCCCAAGUAUGAAAAAUGAGGAGGUGGAGAGUAGACAGCCAAAGAUUUUAGGUCAGGAAGCUAGGAAGUCUGUUGCAGUGGCUUUUCUGUUCUGCUCCACAUUACUCUGCUGGGGGUGUCUGGGCAUCUGUAUAUUUCACAAUCUGGUAAUAAUAAUCAGACCUGGAAAUCACUGGGUGGUUUCCAGGAGAAUGCGGGAACAUUGCUUCUUGUUUAAAAUGAAGCAAAAGAAAACACCAAGUUUGGAGGAGACACAAGGAUGGGAGACUCAACUGGACGUAGCUAAAGGCCCCUGUCAGCACCAGCUCACCCUCUAAAUCCAACAGCUCCGUCAGCACCCAGUCAGGCUUGGCUGUAAUCCCAGAGGCAAACCCACCCCAGUUCCCCGCCUCUGUCUUUUAGAGUCUGGUCCUCAGAUUUUUAUCCUACAGGCCCACCCAGCAGAAUUUACCCUUUUCUAACUGCAAGCAAAAUCUCAGGGAAUGAGAGUUGCUUUUGAUUAGGCCAUUUCAGGAGAGUUUUUACAAGUUAAUAAUUUGGGGUCAUGAGUAAAUGUGUAUAAGCUAGUGUGACAUGUGAUGGUGAAAAGUAUUAGCAUUUACUGUGAGUCAUUAGGGGAUCUAGGGCUGUUAACAAGGCACACUGAGGAAUCUCUUGCUUUUAAGGAGCUGAUGCUGUAACUGGAGAAAGGCAACUUUACAUAAAGCAGUCAGAAACAAGAUCCCAUCUGCCAAAUGCCAAGUAGGAGUGAAGUCCAUGGAAAGAACACAGGAUAUGAAGUCACAUGACCUGUGUUCACCAGUCUCUAAGCUUGGUCUCAGCUUCCUUUCUGUAAAAUGGGAGAAUAAGACCAACCUCUUGUUACUAGGGGUCAUAGUAACAGCAAAGUGUUUUCCACUGAGCUUCCAGGGUGUCUGAGGAGGUGUGGCCACAGAACUUGGAUCCAAAAGCGCUGGGAGAACUGGAGCCACUUCCAUCUUGAAUUGCAGCCCUAUAUGCGAUGCUUUGAAAGAAAGGGGCAUCAUUCUAAGCCAAGAGGUCCUGGAGAGGGCACAGUGGAGUUUGUUCAGACUUCUGUGAGACCCCCGUGAUAUGCUGUGGCUGUAUCCCCAUCACCUCCACCCCACUUGCCCUCCCAUGGGCUGCUUGACUACAUGAAUCAGCUUGGUAGAAAUACAGCAAGGCCUUCCUGACCGUGUGGCCGGUGUAGUCCCAGCCUUGGGCACAAGGGUGGGAAAUUAGCCAUAGUACAUUCCAGCGUGGGCAUUAUUAUCCUGCUGGAAGUUCCAGUGUGGGCAUUAUUGUCCUGCUGGCCAAACCAGGAAUCUGGUUUUGUCAUUCCAACUGAGAAACCAUUUCUUGGGAAACUUUUCUUGAACAACUACUUUUGCCAGGCAUUGACAUUCAGAAUAAGAUAUGCUAACAUCUUCUAGGCCAGCAUUUCCCAAACCAGGUGCUGUGGAAUCCUAAAUGUUAAUAAGGGACUCCUUAGUAAAGGAUUCUGUGCUUACUUUCAGGGAAACAUGCAAACUAUCUUGGGUAGUUUGAUGCUUUGAGCAUAGCCCUUCCCCUGUCCCGUGCUCUCUACUUGUCCACUGGUGGGGGAACUAAAGGAUUCCUUGAGGGAAUUGCCUGGCUGUCCAGUGGUUGGGACUCGGCGCUUUCACUGUCGUGGCCCGGGUUCAAUCCCUGGUCAGGGAACUAAGAUCCUGCAAGCCACGCAGUGCGGCUGAAAAAAAAAAAAAAAAAAAAAAAAAAGGAUCCCUUGGGGAAUUGGCCCACCCCUAAAUAUUCCAAAUAUAGUCUGAGUACAUCAGGGAGCUUGUUAGAGAUGGAGCUCCCCCUUAAGUUCCCACAGAACUGUGCUAGCAGAACCAUUCUCAGCUCUCUGACGCAGGCAAAGUGAGAGUGUCCCUUGUCCUUGGAGAUCGGGUUGAGCAAAGGAUCUCUCGUUCAUGUCAUCAGGAAUUCCCACAAGUGCUGUGCCAGAUCAUUUAUUACACCAGGACAGGCCAAGUCAUGUAAGGAAGGAAGCCCUCUGGCUGUGUGAUCUUGGGUUAGAUACUUCAUCUCUCUGGGCUCAUGUCUCCAUCUGUAGACUGGGUUAAUUGACUGGUCCUCAACACUGAUGAUGUUUAUCAAAGGCCUUUUCUCCAUCUAAUGUUUGUCCCCCUAUGUACACAUGCACUCCAGUCACUACCACAUCACCCAGUUUUAUUAAGUUUUGUAGAAGGGUUUUUGUCAGAAUAAACGUGUUCUGGAGAGGAGCUGGGGUAGCCCCUUAAAACGACCUAGCCUGCCUGGGAGCCAAGACUUGGUUCUGCGGACUCCCACCAUUAACUUGCCACAGUUAACUUGCCAGGCGCACUUGGUCAGAAGAGUUCCGGUCUGAUCGUCUGGGUUUGUGGCCCCCUCCUACUCCACUCUCCAAGGCAGGCUGGGGCCACGUGGCCCUGCCCCGCCCUCGCUGGCUCCAGUUUCUGAGUCAGUUGCAGUGGCCUGCUUUCCCCGCCCUUCCCAUCAGUCGGGAAGCCUGGAUUGUGGGCUGCGGGAAGCCACAGCUUUUCCCACCUGGCACCCACUGCCCCCAGCUCCCAGGUACCUGUUCCAAGCCCUAGAAAACUGCAUCCUGGUAUGUGAACAGAGCCAGAUUUCACACUGAGCAGCUGCAGACAGAGAAAUCAGAGAAAGCACAACCCAGCCUCAGAUUCCGAGGGGCCUGCUGGGGACUCUCUCCUCCUGCUUGGAAGGAAGACCCCGAGGCAACCGUUUCAGGCCAGGUCUUGGCUGCCAUGGGACUCACAGCCACCGCCCCCCGGCUGCCCUCUGCACUGCCAGGCAGAUAAGGGUGAGCCCUGCCCAGGAGCACCUGCCGCCUCCUGCUGGGCCACUCCUCCGUGGCUAGUCCUUCCUCGACUUUGGGCCACCUUUGCUGACCCGAGGCCAUGUAGGCCCCACUCAGGCCUCUGUGGAUAGACACAUUGCUGGGGACACCACCUCUGCUCUCUGGGAGACCCAGCGCACCACCAUGCCCCGGGGAUUCGCCUGGCUGCGCUAUCUCGGGAUCCUCCUGGGCAUGGCCUUGGGGAACGAGGGUUUGGAGGUUUGGCCCUUAACCCGGAGCGAGGAGUGUGCCAUCACUGGCUUUCUGCGGGACAAGCUGCAGUACCGGAACCGCCUUCAGUACAUGAAACACUACUUCCCCAUCAACUACAGGGUCAGUGUGCCGUAUGAGGGGGUACUCCGAGUGGCCAACGUCACCAGGCUGCAGAGGGCCCGGGUGAGCCAACAGGAGCUGCGGUAUCUGUGGGUCUUGGUGAGUCUCAGUGCUACUGAGUGGGUGCAGGAGGUGCUGCUCGAGGGCCAUCCAUCCUGGAAGUACCUGGAGGAGGUACACACGCUGCUGCUGGAUGUCAAACAAGACCUCCCGGGUGUGGAGGUCAGCCCCCAGGUGGAAGCAGUGUUUUCCCUCCUGAGUGCCCCAGGAAGCCUGAAGCUGGUGCGGCCCAAAGCUCUGCUGGACAACUGCUUGCGGGUCAUGGAACUGUUGUACUGCUCUUGCUGUAAACAGAGCUCUGUCCUAAACUGGCAGAAUUGUGAGGUGCCAAGGCCUCAGCCUCACAGCCCGGAGCCCUCGUCACAGUGUGUGGCUGCCCAGCUGUACCCCCUGCGCCAGCAGCCCCCCGCCUCCCUGCCCCACCCCCCGGCAUCCACGGCUGGAGCCCCGGCUCAGUGAAGCUGCUGAGGGCACAGGGCGAAGGCCUCCUGCCCUGAGUAGCCUGCAUGGUAACUGGGUGGGGCAGCUGGAGGAGCUCCUGCAGGAGAUGGACUGGGCCUGAGGCUUCUCUGGGUGGUGGUGGGGAGCCCCUCUUGGGAGAGGAGACCCUAGAGGGGUAUUUCUCCUUUGAGGGGGACUCAGUGCCUGAGAAGGGUUCAGCUUCCCGCCUUCCAUACCUCCCAUGGUCUCACCUGGAGCAGUGGGCGCUGGGGGGCACCUGAAGGUCAAUGAAGACAGAGCCUACGGCCCCUUCUGGCACUGCCCGGGCUGCCCCCUUCCCUGAGGGCAGGGCUGACGUCUCCUAAGCCCAAAGAGGUGAGAGCUGUACCAGGUGGGCAUGGGGGAAGGGACACGACUCAGCAAGGCCAGGGAGAGGGCAGCAAAGCUGGGGAGAGGGCAUAGCCAAAUGCCACAUCUUGCCACAGUCCCCUUUAUUUUUUCUAUUAAACACCUGCUUUGUUUUGGUU